CCUCCCUCCCCUUGGAAUCUUGAUAAUAGAUAUCCUGCCAUCCUGGUCCACAGGCGUGUUCUCUAUGGCUUCCGUCUCCUUUCACGCCAUCUCCCUCUCCUACUCCCGUCGUCCCGGCCCCGCCGCUCGCCCCGCCCCGCUCUCCAAGCCGGCAGGCCUGCAGCGGAGCCUCGGUUCCCCUGCCGGCUCCCCUGGCGGCUGGAAUCUUGGGCCUCGGCGCCGGAAUCUCAGGGGAAUCCGGGCGGAAUCUGCGGAUAAGGGAGCGCUCGAACCCAUGGUUCCCCCUUAUAAUGUCCUCAUCACCGGCUCCACCAAAGGAAUUGGUUAUGCACUUGCUAAAGAAUUUCUAAAGGCGGGUGACAAUGUCAUAGUUUGCUCAAGAUCAGGUGAGCGUGUAGAAUUAGCAGUUCAACAGUUGAGCAGGAAUUUGGAGAGCAGCAUGUGUGGUAUCUACUGCACGGCUGCUUCUGUUCUUUUCUGUUUUGCCCUACCUUGGGAACUGUUUGUGAUGUUAGAGAAGGAAAGGAUGUCUAAGGCACUAGUUGCUUUCGCAAAACACUGGCAAUUGAUACAGAUUAACAAUGCUGGAUCAAAUGCAUACAAUUACAAACCACUGGCUGAAACUUCAGAUGAUGUUCUUAUGGAAAUUGUCACAACGAACACUCUUGGUUUGAUGAUAUGUUGCCGCGAGGCAAUAAAUAUGAUGCUCAACCAACCUCGAGGUGGCCACAUUUUUAACAUUGAUGGAGCUGGUUCAGAUGGAAGGCCGACCCCUCGAUUUGCUGCAUAUGGUGCAACCAAACGCAGUGUGGUGCACCUAACCAAAUCCCUACAGGCAGAGUUGCAGAUGCAUCAAGUGAAGAAUGUUAUGGUGCACAGCUUAUCGCCUGGCAUGGUCACAACCGAUCUUCUUAUGUCUGGGGCCACCACAAAACAAGCUAAAUUUUUCAUCAAUAUUUUGGCCGAGCCGCCUGAUGUGGUUGCAGAGUACCUCGUGCCAUGCAUCAGAUCGAUCCCCAGCAGUCAGUCUAUGAAGCCCACCUACAUUCGAUUUCUCACAGGCUUGAAAGCCUACUCCCAGAUAUUCUCUAGACUUGCUUUCGGUGCCAGAAGAAAUAGAUACCUCAUUGAAGACUGAGACUGUUGACAAAAAUCCUAGACCCUCGGAGGUAAUUUAGCAAUUCGCAUGCAGUGCUGCACAUCUGGAUGAUUCUUUGGUUAGACAAAUAAACCAGCUGUACAAGUCUAUGGAACUAUCGCCGUUGAGGACAGGAUGAUUUGGACAAUGGAGUUGUUUACUGGGAAUGUUAGAAGACACCAUCAUAGAGAAUGAUACGAGACUACGUCCUUGCUAAAAUACUGGCGAAGUUUGGAGGCUUGGGCAAUCAUAAUGCUUUCUGCUUUCCAUGAACUGAUGAACCAAUAAAGGGACUUACUAUUUGGUGUUGAACAGUGUAUAGCAUCAUUUCAGUGGAUGAGCACCUGAGUACCAUUGUGUUUCAUGUCCCACAUUCGUGGGUGCCUCUUUGGCUGAGAAUGCUAGAAUACGCUUGUUGCAUGCAACUGGAUCCAUGCUCCCUUAUUCCUCAUUUCAACGAGGGUUGCGGAGGGCAAAUAGGAAAUUAUAUGAUCUAACAGGCAAAUAAAAGGGGAACUUGAAUGAAAAAAGACACUGAUGACCUGAUGCCAAAAAGCAGCUGGUGCAAUGCAACCCUCUAUUACAAUUCCUGUUACUAUCGAAAAUCUGCUGAUGCCAGAUGGUUAAGACUGGUCGGCCGAUGUAUAUCAUGAUUGUAGAAAACUGUUGGAUUUCAACUACUGAGCAAGAAGUAGACAUCUUGCAUUAUUUACUACCCUAA